AUGGAGGGGCGCCAGAGCUCUGCCCGCUUCUUGGUGCUGCUGCUGCUGCUGUUCCUGGGGCCAGCCUGGCAAGCUGCCGCCCAGCGCUGCCCACAGGCCUGCAUCUGUGACAACUCCAAGCGGUAUGUGGCCUGCCGCCACCAGAACCUCACGGAGGUGCCAGAUGCCAUUUCUGAGCUGACCCAGCGGCUGGAUCUCCAGGGCAACGUGCUGCGGGCCAUCCCGCCGGCCGCCUUCCAGGCCCUGCCCUACCUGACGCAUCUGGACCUGCGGCACUGCCAGGUGGAGCGAGUGGCCGAGGGCGCCUUCCGGGGCCUGGGCCGGCUGCUCCUGCUGAACCUGGCGGCCAACCGGCUCCGCGCGCUGCCCCAGGAGGCGCUGGACGGGCUGGGCGCCCUGCGGCGGCUGGAGCUGGAGGGCAACGCGCUGGAGGAGCUGCGGCCGGGGGCGUUCGGGGCCCUGGGCGCGCUGGUCACGCUGAACCUGGCCCGCAACGCCCUGGUCUACCUGCCGCCGCUGGCCUUCCAGGGGCUGCUGCGCGCGCGCUGGCUACGGCUGGAGCGCAACGCGCUCAGCGUGCUGGCGCCCGAGGCCCUGGCCGGCCUGCCCGCCCUGCGCCGCCUCAGCCUCCAGCACAACGAGCUGCAGGCCCUGCCCGGGCUGGCCGUGUCGCAGGCCCGCGGCCUGGCCCUCCUGGAGCUGGGCCACAACCCGUUCACCGCGGCGGGCGAGGAGGACGGGCUGGCGCUGCCCGGCCUGCGGGAGCUGGCGCUGGACCACGGCGCCCUGCAGGCCCUGGGCCCGCGGGCCUUCGCGCGCUGCCCGCGCCUGCAGCGCGUGGACCUGCGGGGCAACCAGCUGGCCACGCUGCCGCCGCUGCAGGGCCCGCGCGCGCUGCGGCGCCUCCGGCUGCUCGGGAACCCGCUGUGGUGCGGCUGCGGGGCGCGGCCGUUCGCGCGCUGGCUGGCGCGGACGCGCGUGCGCUCGGACGGCGCCGCGUGUGCGGGGCCGCGGCGCCUGCGGGGCGAGGCCCUGGACGCCCUGCGGCCCUCGGACCUGCGCUGCCCGGGCGACGCGGGGGAGGGGGAGGAGGAGGAGGAGCAGCAGCAGCAACGGGCCUCGCCGCGGCCCCGCGGGCCCGCCGAGACGGACGGCGCGGCCCGGCCCUGCCCGAGCGCCUGCGCCUGCUCCCGCGACGCCCCGCACGGCAGCUGCGACGGCCGCGGGCUGCGCGCCGUGCCCCGCGGCUUCCCCGACGACACGGAGCUCCUGGACCUGCGGCGGAACCACUUCCCCGCCGUGCCCCGCGCCGCCUUCGCCGGCCUGGGCCGCCUGGUGUCACUGCACCUGCAGCACUGCGCCAUCGCCGAGCUGCGCGCGGGCGCCCUGGCCGGCCUGGGCCGCCUCCUCUACCUCUACCUGUCGGACAACCGGCUCGCGGGCCUGAGCGCCGCCGCCCUCGCCGGGGCGCCCCGCCUGGCCUACCUGCACCUGGAGCGCAACCGCCUCCUGCAGGUGCCCGCGGCCGCCCUGCGCGCGCUGCCCGGCCUCAUCUCCCUGCACCUGCAGGACAACGCCGUGGCGCGCCUGGAGCCGGGGGACCUGGCGGGCGCCCCGGCCUUGCGCUGGCUCUACCUGAGCGGCAACCGCCUGGCGCGCCUGCCCCCCGGGGCGCUGGGCCCCGCGCCCGAGCUGGAGACGCUGCACCUGGACCGGAACCGGCUGCGGGAGCUGCCGCCCGGGGCCUGGGAGGGGCUGCCCGCGCUGCUGGAGCUGCAGCUGUCGGGGAACCCGCUCGGCGCCCUGCCCGCCGCCGCCUUCCGGCCCCUGGGCCAGUCGCUGCAGCGCCUCUUCCUCAACAGCAGCGGCCUGGAGCAGGUGGCCCCCGAGGCCUUCUCGGGGCUGGGGCCGCGGCUGCAGAGCCUGCACCUGCAGGAGAACCGGCUGCGGGUCUUGCCCGCCCUGCGGGCUCUCGGCCAGCUGGGGCUCCUCGACCUCAGCGGCAACCCGUUCCACUGUGACUGCCAGCUGCUCCCGCUGCACCGGUGGCUCGCGGGGCUGAACCUAGAGGUGGGCGCCACCUGUGCGGCCCCAUCGCGAGCCCGUGGCCAGAGGGUGGCCGCCGCAGCUGCUGUCUUCGAAGCCUGCCCAGGCUGGGCUGCCCACGAGGAGGGAAGACGGCAGGGAGUGGACCAGGCUGGCCACGGGGGCACCCGGCGAGUUUGA